AUGUCGCGCACAUCCCCUCAUCUCCAUCUACCCCCCGCCGCGGGCCUGCGACGGCUAUUGGCCCACCGCUUCGCGCCCGUCUAUCUCGCGAUCGUGAUCCUUGUCACCGUGCUGCUCGUGUUAGGACACCAGACCGAGGCGGGAUCCACGGCUCUCGCGUCGCUUCAUGCCGCAAUCUCCAAGACAGCAUCGUCGUACUCGGGCAGCAGCUACGCCGGGUCGCCAGAGUACGCCGCUGCGGCUGCCAAGAUUGCCGCGAUCCCAGACCCGUUGGCCAUCCACCAGAACUUCAAGUGGUACACCGACGCCAAGCUCCGAAACCUCGCAGCGUGCAUGGCAAAGGGAGACUGUCCUGCCAACGCAGCCAAGGUCGUCAUCUUCAACUGCUGGUACUGCUACCGUGCCAUCUUUGAGAACUACUGGGGCGGAGAAGGUGUCUGGUGCCGCGGUAUGAAGGCCAGCAUGGAACGACAAGGGUACACCGUGCUGUACACCAACUAUGACUGGGAGUACGCGAUGCACAUCUACCGCCAGAUCCCCGACCUCGUCGUCGCGCUCGUCUCCGAUGACGACAAGUACAACUCGCCCGCCAAGCCGUAUCUCCGUUCUGAAAAGAACCCCGAUGGCCUGCCAGCAUGGAAGCACUUCCGCUUCAACUACUACGCCGAGGGAGGCGGCACUCGUAUUGGCGACCAUUGGGUCAUUACCUGCGAACCCGAGUGGAUCGAGCCGGAGCACGAGGGAUGGCCCAGCUUCCGAAACUUCUCUUACAUCGGCUACUCCCUGGAGCCCCAGCUCCAAGACACCCGUUUCAUUCCCUUUGAGGAGCGUCCGAUGCGCGCGUAUGUCCUGGGCAAGCACCAGACCUUCUUCUACGAAGACCACGCACACGUUGCGUGGAAGCGUGACACGUAUAAGCGGGCGCUAGACGAGAUCCGCAAAGACAUUCCCGACUUUGAGUUUGUCGGCGCCUUCUUUGACGAGCGAGGAGACGACGAGAAGAAGAAGGAAGGACCUUUGCCUCUUCCCGAGGGAAUCCGGAACAUCUAUCCGCUCAACGCAACUGCGUUUGACGACGCAUUGUCCAGUGCGAGGAUGCUGGUCGGUAUCGGAUGGCCCACAGCCAGUCCUAGCCCUUACCGCGCCCUUGCGCGUGGUGUUCCCUUCCUCAGCCCGUUCAAGGUGCGCGACGACGGGAUUGCCGAGGACCCGUACAGGUGGUCCGACUCGCAACACGACAGCCUGAGGCUCGUCGAGCCACCACUCGUGUACAAUGUCGAAGAGUUUGACUAUAACGGGUUCGUAUCGGCCAUCAAGACGGCGAUGGUCACUCCCAUCGAGCCCUACGUCUUCCCACGCAUGACCCGCGCGGCGAUGGAUGAGCGCAUCCGCGCGUGGCUUGAGGCCGACUGGGAGUCCGAGGCCAAAUACAUCCUCGCGCAGAGGAAGGCGGGCCACGAGACACAGAAGGGCGACUGGGUCGAGAUGUUUGACCUGUAG